CAGGAAUGAGCAAGAGCGCCUCAGCUGAAUCUGCCAUUCGUUUGCGGGGUGGUCUGGCUUUCUCUGGCCUGCUGGGGUGCCAGAGGUGAACCAUGCCAUCUCUCAGACUAGCAGACCCGUGGCUUGGUCACCCUCAGGCUGGGAAAGGAGAUAAGGUGGGCCGGCUUUUCUGGGGUACACCGCUAGCAUCCCGCCCCGCGCUCCUGCGUAAAUAGGCGGUUCCCUCGGCAACGCCUGGAACCCACGUCAAGGUUCCACCAGUCCCGAGUGGUGACCGAGUCCCACCCACUCCCCGCAGCUGCCGUUCGGGUCCGCACAACCUUUCACCCUGCUGCGGGAUGAGCAGAGCGGCGGCCUGCGUGGAACCCCAUGGAGGAGCAGGCGCGGCCGCCUGGCCGCCCGGCCGCGAGUGCAACCUUGCAGGGUAGCGCGCAUCCGGGAGCGGCGGCUUCCACGGCCACUGCGGCCGCGCUGUCGUUCAGCUCCGUAGCCACCGUAACGCUGGGAAACCAGAGCGAUGCGGGCAGGCCGGAGGCAGCGGGGUCUCGGGGACCCUCACCGCUGCUAUGGCACGGGGCAGCGGUGGCCGCCCAGGCGCUCGUGCUCCUGCUCAUCUUCUUGCUGUCUAGCCUGGGCAACUGCGCGGUGAUGGGGGUGAUCGUGAAGCAUCGGCAGCUGCGCACGGUCACAAACGCCUUCAUCCUGUCGCUGUCCCUGUCGGACCUGCUCACUGCGCUGCUCUGCCUACCCGCCGCCUUCCUCGAUCUAUUCGCGCCGCCGGGAGACUCUGGGCCCUGGCGCAGCUUCUGCGCAGCCAGCCGCUUCUUCAGUUCGUGUUUCGGAAUCGUAUCCACGUUCAGCGUGGCGCUCAUCUCGCUGGACCGCUACUGCGCCAUCGUGCGGCCGCCGCGGGACAAGCUGGGCCGGCGGCGCGCGCUGCAGCUGCUGGCGGGAGCGUGGCUGGCUGCGCUGGGCUUCUCCCUGCCCUGGGACCUGCUCAGGGCACCCCGGGAGCCCCCCGCUCCGCAGAGCUUCCACCGCUGCCUUUACAGAACCUCCCCAGACCCUGCGCAGCUGGGCGUCGCCUACAGCGUGGGACUGGUGGUGGCUUGCUACUUGCUGCCCUUCCUACUGAUGUGUUUCUGCCGCUACCACAUCUGCAAGACCGUGCGCCUGUCGGACGUGCGCGUGCGGCCGAUGACCACCUACGCGCGCGUGCUGCGCUUCUUCAGCGAGGUGCGCACAGCCACCACCGUGCUCAUCAUGAUUAUCUUUGUCAUGUGCUGCUGGGGUCCCUACUGCUUCCUGGUGCUGCUGGCCGCGACCCGACAGGGUCAGGCCACGCAGGCUCCCUCGCUGCUCAACGUGGCGGCUGUUUGGCUGACCUGGGCCAAUGGGGCUAUCAACCCGGUCAUAUAUGCCAUCCGCAACCCCAACAUUUCCAUGCUCCUAGGACGCAACCGCGAAGAAGGGUACAGGACUAGAAACAUGGAUGCUUUUUUGCCUAGCCAAGGCCUAGGUUUUCAAGCCAGAAGUUGCAAUCGCCUUCGAAAUGGCUGUGCCAACAGGCUUGGGGCUUGCAGCAGGAUGCCUUCUUCCAACCCAGCUAGUGGGUCAGGAGGGGAAGUGGUCAUGUGGGCUCGAAAAAAUCCAGUUGUGCUCUUCUUCCGAGAGGGACCACCGGACUCAGUUAUGGAAGUCGGCAAACUGCAUAAGUCUGAAACCAGGGACAGCAGCAUUUAAGAAGGGCAGGGGUGGACAGCUUGUAAUAGCACAUUUCCACCCCUCUCAUUGAAUGAUGUGGGAACCCGGGGAGAAUCGUUUAUUUAAAACUAAACAUAAAGCCAAACAUUUAAAACUAAAAAGACAGAAAUGGGAGGGUUGCCACUUCAUUCUCAAACUUAAAAUGUAAAAGAACAUUCCCUUUCUUCAAAUGCGGCCAAGGGAAUGUGAAAUGCAAAAAAAUUAAAAACAAUCUUAAGCCACACAACCAAGCACUGUAAAGCAUAAGAGCUAAAAAGCAACAAAAAAUAAAAUUCACCGUAAUUGAAGAGCUCGUGUUACAGGAAUCACACUGUGAAACAAAAAUCAUUGAACUGAACUUAACAGUUGCAUUCAAAUACUGUUUUUUGUUUGCUUGUUUGUUUCUAAUGAACUGAGUCCCUUGGAUCUGUUUGAAGGCCCCUGUACUUUCACCAGAAUUCAGCAGACCUUCAGAUUCUAGAGCCUGCACAGCUGACCUGCUUCGGGUGCUUAGAGCAGAACCUUACGCAGAGCAGAAACGUCAUUACGCAGAGCAGAAAUGUCAUUACGCAGAGCAGAAACGUCAUUACGCAGAGCAGAAACGUCAUUACGCAGAGCAGAAAUGUCAUUACGCAGAUUGGUGUGCUCUCCCGGAAUUUUUGUGCAAGAUUUUAAAUUUAGAGUUUAUUUUAAAAGACUUCUGGAUUUUGUAAAGGUCUUUUAUUACUAGAUAUAAUUCAGCGGUCCAAAGGGCAAAGAGAACAUACUGUUGUUGUUUAAACAGACGUCUAAUAUUAUACAUAAAACCCAAUGUUUCUUCUAAGCCCGUUUUGGCCCCCAAAUUAUCUGUCUUGGAAAAUCACGGCUGUGUCCUUCCUAGAAACUGUUCCUGUUUGAUAGCUUGUAUGGAUGCAACUCCAAAUGUUUUCAUUAAUAAUAAUAAUAAUAAUUUUCAUACUAGAAAAAUCUUUCUCUAUGGGGGCAACUUUUUUAUAGAGCCCAAACUGUAAUUUGAAAUCAAAUUCUUUGAAUAUAGUGAGUGAUGUUAAAUAUGUAUGUAGGCAUACAUAUUACACAUAUAGUACUGGCUUUCCUAUUUAGCCUUUAACUGCCAAAUGUGAUUCCAAAAUGGAAUUCUAAAAGUAGUUUGAAAAGUAUGACCAUGUUCUUGGAAUAGCCAUAGAACGUCCUAAGAGGACAUACGUUCUAUUUAGAAGUUUCGGUAUGGUUUAGUAGCAGAUUGCUGCCUUACAGGCAUAUUAUAGUCAUCAUUACAAAGAUAAUUGGUUUUUGGGUUACAAGGUGGGAUAAAAGUCCAUUGGCACAAGGUUGGAGAGAUACCUCAAGCCAACUGAAAAUAUUUUCAGAAAUUUGCAAAAAAUCUUUUAAUAACUCAGAAGCACAAUCUAGAGCUUUGUGUAUGUGAAAUGUCUCACACUGAACGUGAAAUGUCUCACACUGAACGUCCCUUGGGACUUGUUGCCUUGCCUGACUCUGCUUCUCUCUCACCCAGUGUUCCAUCGCUUUAGCUGAACACGCACUUUAAGAAGUAUGAAACUGCAUCUGUUGUGUGAAAAUUUCACUAUGUGAACUAGCCAGCAUUACAUAAAUGUCAAGCGUUUAAGACGUUCAUUCUCCUGUGAGUCUCCGUGUGCUAAGUGAACGUACAACAUUGUUUUGUAAUCAAAGAUGGAAAUACA